UUCUAUUCAGUUUGUUCUCGCGCGUUCGUCGCGCUAAACGUGUGCAGUGAUCUCACUUUGGCGCUCAAAACUCGAUAACUGGAAAAGGAUCAAAAUAAACCACCAGGAUGGGGGCGAUGUUCCGGAGCGAAGAGAUGGCGCUCUGCCAGCUCUUCAUACAACCUGAGGCAGCGUACACCUCAGUCUCGGAGCUCGGCGAAACUGGCACAGUCCAGUUCAGAGAUUUAAAUCCUGACGUAAAUGCGUUCCAACGCAAGUUCGUUAACGAGGUGCGUAGGUGCGAUGAGAUGGAACGUAAGCUGCGGUACAUCGAAGCAGAGGUUCACAAGGACAAAGUGCAUGUUCCACCAGUCAAGGACAUGCCUCGCGCCCCCAAUCCCAGGGAAAUCAUCGAUCUUGAGGCGCAUUUGGAAAAGACAGAAAAUGAAAUUCUUGAACUUUCGCACAAUGCCAUCAACCUGAAACAGAAUUAUCUGGAGUUGACGGAGUUGAAACACGUUCUAGAGAAAACCGAAGCUUUCUUCUCUGCUCAAGAAGAAAUAGGAAUGGAUUCACUUACAAAAUCUCUGAUAUCCGACGAGGCCGGCCAGCAAGCGGCUACUCGCGGCCGCCUUGGUUUUGUCGCUGGCGUUGUACAGCGCGAGCGCGUGCCUGCUUUCGAAAGGAUGUUGUGGCGCAUCUCGAGAGGAAACGUCUUCCUCCGUCGCUCCGAGCUAGAUAAACCUCUUGAGGACCCCAAUACGGGCAACGAGAUCUACAAAACAGUAUUCGUUGCUUUCUUCCAAGGAGAACAGCUUAAGUCUCGCAUCAAGAAAGUAUGCUCUGGUUUCCACGCAUCAUUGUAUCCUUGUCCACCAUCCAAUUCGGAGCGAUUGGAUAUGGUGAAAGGAGUCAGAACUCGUCUUGAGGAUCUAAAUAUGGUGCUGAACCAAACACGUGAUCACAGACAACGCGUACUCGUUAGUGUGGCCAAGGAACUCGGUAGCUGGUCAAUCAUGGUUCGCAAGAUGAAGGCAAUUUACCAUACUCUGAACCUGUUCAAUAUGGACGUCACGAAGAAGUGUCUCAUUGGAGAAUGUUGGGUACCAACUGCUGAUCUACCCAACGUGCAAAAGGCUUUAGCUGAUGGAUCUAAUGCAUGCGGCAGUUCUAUCCCAUCUUUCCUGAACUGCAUUGAAGCCGACGAAGAGCCACCAACAUUCAAUCGCACCAACCGUUUUACUCGUGGUUUCCAGAACCUUAUCGAUGCAUAUGGUGUUGCCUCUUACAGGGAAUGUAAUCCAGCACUUUACACAACAAUUACUUUCCCAUUCCUCUUUGCCGUGAUGUUCGGUGAUUUGGGCCACGGUUUUAUCAUGGCGUUGUUUGGUGCUUGGAUGGUUAUUAAAGAAGUUUCGCUCGCUGCAAAGAAAUCGAACAAUGAAAUUUGGAACAUUUUCUUCGCUGGUCGUUACAUCAUCUUACUCAUGGGCUGCUUCUCAAUGUACACCGGUAUCGUUUACAACGAUAUAUUCUCGAAGUCGAUGAACAUCUUUGGUACCUCUUGGGUUGUUCCGUACGAUAACGAAACGCUUGAAUCGAAUGCGGCUCUGUCUUUAGAUCCUAAAGAUUCAUACAUCGACCAGCCUUAUUUUAUCGGUAUUGAUCCUAUUUGGCAGACUGCUGACAACAAGAUUAUUUUCUUGAACUCUUACAAAAUGAAACUAUCAAUUAUCUUUGGCGUCGUACACAUGAUUUUCGGUGUCUGCAUGAGCGUCGUUAACUUCAAUUUCUUCAAGCGUCGCUACUCCAUCUUCCUCGAGUUUAUCCCACAAGUAGUGUUCCUGUGUCUUCUCUUCUUGUACAUGGUUUUCAUGAUGUUCUACAAAUGGGUUGCUUACAGUACUUUUUCAGAGGACAUCGCCUAUUCUCAAGGAUGCGCACCUUCCGUCCUUAUUCUUUUCAUUAACAUGAUGUUGUUCUCAAGCACUGAGGCUGAGGGUGGUUGCAAGGAGUUCAUGUUCGAAGGCCAAGGCACCAUUCAACGCGUUUUUGUACUUAUCGCCCUUUGUUGCAUCCCUGUCAUGUUGUUCGGAAAGCCGCUGUAUUUACUAAUGGCUAAGAAGAAGAAGGACAACAAGCCCACACAAUCCAAUGGAAACGUAAACCAGGGCAUUGAAAUGCAGGAACAAACAGAUAUUAGCGAACCGCCGAAGGCAAAAGCUAAAUCGUCAGACCAUGACCAUGACGACGAGCCAUUCAGCGAGAUUAUGAUCCAUCAAGCUAUCCACACCAUAGAAUAUGUUCUCAGUACCAUUUCCCACACAGCUUCCUACCUACGUUUGUGGGCCCUGUCACUAGCGCACGCAGAAUUAUCCGAAGUACUGUGGAGUAUGGUGCUCAGGUUCGGACUGACGGACCACAAUUAUGUGGGGGCUAUCAAGCUUUACGUGGCGUUCUUCUUCUGGUCACUGUUCACACUCGCCAUCCUGGUCAUGAUGGAAGGACUUUCGGCCUUCUUGCACACACUGCGUUUGCACUGGGUCGAGUUCAUGAGCAAAUUCUACGCUGGUCUGGGUUACGUCUUCCAGCCAUUCUGCUUCAAGACUAUUCUCGAACAAGAAGAAAAUGAAGAUUAAAGUUUCAGAAACAAAAAAAAAAAAAAAUCAAAUGAUGUAGUUUAGAUUGCAACAGUAUUCGCAUACAUUUUGUUUGCAAAUAGGUGCAAAGGUCACAAUGCAUAGAUGUUAAAUAAAGUAUUUUUGCGUUUAA